AUGAGGCGCAGCUGCAGCUCGGGCUUUGCAGAGCUGAGGGCUGGUGGUCCUCCAUGUUUCUCUAACUCCCUGGUUUCCUCUGGGCUGGGCGUCCUGCAGCGGAUCCUGGACACGGCGGCGGAGCUCACGUGGCAGGUGACCUCGGUGAACCUGGACACACUCACAGAAACGGCUUUUGUCAAACUUCUGGCGGAUCUGGAUUUCAAGAAGGAGUUCCAGAUCAUCAUCGACUGUGAGCUGGAGAAGAUGAACUACAUCCUCAACCUGAUGGCGCAGCAGAAGAGGAAUCUGAAGAACUACCACUACAUUCUGGCCAAUCAGGGUUUCAUGGACCUGAACUUCACGGAGCUACUGAAACUGACCCCGAACGUGACGGGCUUCCAGCUGGUGAACCACAGCGACGCCAACGUGGAGCGAGUCAACCAGGAGUGGAUGGUGUUCGACGCCAAGGACUCCAGAGGCCCCCGCAAGCGGCUAAAGUACACCGGCGCGCUCACGUACGACGGCGUGGCUGUCAUGGCCGCCGCCUUCCAGUAUCUACGGAGACAGCGCAUCGACAUCUCACGGCGCGGUAACGCUGGAGAGUGUCUGGCAAACCCGCCGUCGCCAUGGGGACAAGGCAUCGACAUCCAGAGGGCGCUGCAGCAGGUGCAGAUGGAAGGUCUUUCGGGCCACAUUCAGUUCAACGAACAUGGACAGAGAACAAACUACACCCUGAUGGUGAUGGAGCUGAGCCACACGGGGCCCCGCAAGAUCGGAUACUGGAACGCCCGGAGAGGAUACGUGUACACGGCCAACUACCGCUCUGUGGUGGACGAUUACUUCUACGGCCUCCUCAACCGCACCUACGUCGUCACCACCAUCCUGGAGCCUCCGUACAUGAUGCUGAAGAAGAACCAUGAGCAGUUUGUGGGGAACGAGCGCUACGAGGGCUACUGCGCGGAGCUAGCCUCGGAGAUCGCGAAACACGUGGGCUUCUCGUACCGGCUGGAGGUGGUGUCUGACGGGAAGUACGGGGCCCGCGACUCCGAGACCAAGCUGUGGAACGGCAUGGUGGGCGAGCUGGUGUACGGGCAGGCGGACGUGGCCGUGGCUCCUCUCACCAUUACUCUGGUCCGGGAGCAGGUGAUAGACUUCUCCAAACCAUUCAUGUCACUGGGCAUCUCCAUCAUGAUCAAGAAGCCCACCAAGUCCAAGCCGGGCGUGUUCUCCUUCCUGGACCCGCUGGCCUACGAGAUCUGGAUGUGCAUCGUGUUCGCCUACAUCGGUGUCAGCGUGGUGCUCUUCCUGGUGAGCCGCUUCAGCCCGUACGAGUGGAAGGGGGAGGAGUCAGAGGAAGAGGAGGAGGAGGGGCCAGAGUGUGGGACCAGGAGACCGCCAUCUAAAGACAAAGAGCAGAACGGCAACGACGCCGAGCAGAAUCCUGACGCUCAGAGGGAGGAGCCGGAGUACACCAACGACUUCGGAAUCUUCAACUCGCUCUGGUUUUCUCUGGGAGCCUUCAUGCAACAGGGCUGCGACAUCUCGCCCAGGUCUCUGUCCGGGCGCAUCGUGGGCGGAGUCUGGUGGUUCUUCACGCUCAUCAUCAUCUCCUCGUACACGGCGAACCUGGCGGCCUUCCUGACCGUGGAGCGCAUGGUGUCUCCCAUCGAAGGAGCCGAGGACUUGGCCAAACAGACCGAGAUCACCUACGGCACCCUGGACGGAGGAUCCACCAAGGAGUUCUUCAGGAGGUCGAAGAUUGCGGUGUUUGAGAAGAUGUGGUCGUACAUGCGCAGCGCGGAGCCGUCGGUCUUUGUGAAGAACACAAACGAAGGCGUGAUCCGUGUUCGUAAAUCCAAAGGGAAGUACGCGUAUCUGCUGGAGUCAGCCAUGAAUGAGUACAUCGAGCAGCGGAAGCCGUGCGACACCAUGAAGGUGGGAGGAAACCUGGACUCCAAGGGCUACGGGGUGGCCACGCCCAAAGGGUCCCCGCUCAGAAACCCAGUUAACUUGGCAGUGUUAAAACUGAACGAGCAGGGCCUGCUGGACAAAUUGAAAAACAGAUGGUGGUAUGACAAAGGCGAGUGCGGCAUCGGGGGAGGGGACACCAAGGUCAGCAGCCCAAACACGCCUCAGCCGGGCGGCCAGCAGAGGGCGCAGGAGGGACGCACGGCCAGCAGGGGGCGCAGGAGGGACCCAUGUGGGAGGAGUCUGGUUUACAAACACUGGGACACCGGCACAACUCGGAAUUCUGACUGGAUUUGA